UUUCAACUUAAAUAGGGAUACGCCAUAAUCACCAUUAACCAGAACUAGAAAAGAUUUUCUUUCUCGACUUAGGACAGAGAUCUCUCUGUUUUAAGAGAAGAUAGCAACUUUGCAGAUCGCUUUCUUGGGUUUUAGAUUCAAGGUUGGUAAAAGCACAUUUCUGCUUGAUCCAAUUCUAAAGAACAGGGUUGCAGAAGCCACUGGGAAUAGAGGGAAUUGCAAAGAUGAAUAUAUUCAGAUUAGCGGGAGAUAUGACCCAUUUGGCCAGGGAAUUGCAAAGAUGAAUAUAUGCAGAUCGCUGUUCACGUUAAGAUUUAACUAUUUCUGAGGCAAUGAGGUAACUUGGGAACUGGGUUUUGGUAUAUUUUAUGCGGGUUUGGUUUAAAUGGGAAGAUAGUGGUUGAUGGUAGCUUAAACACGAAGAAGUUUGCUGGAUUUGGAUGAAAAAAGCUGUGAUUUUUGUAAUCAAGUGAUUUGAGAGAGGUCCAAUCAUGCCAAGAAGCAAAAGAUAAACUGUGUGCAGAAGGAAUUUACUAUGUGGUUAGGACAAAUGUACUUCUCAUGAAUCCAUUAUUGUUUAGAGAGGCAUUUCUUUGAAGACCCAAGAGCUCUAUGCUAUUGUCUUUGCUACUCGUUACUUGGACAUAUUUACAGACUAUAUCUCCCUAUACAAUACCAUAAUGAAGUUAAUAUUCUUGGGAAGCUCUUUCUCAAUUGUCUGGUACAUGAGGCAUCACAAGGUUGUCCGGAGAUCUUACGAUAGGGAUCAGGACACAUUUCGCCAUCUUUUCCUUGUGCUACCAUGUUUGCUUUUGGCUCUGGUUAUACAUGAAAAGUUUACCUUUAAGGAGGUAAUGUGGGCCUUUUCCAUAUUCUUGGAAGCUGUUGCCAUCCUUCCUCAGCUGGUCUUGUUGCAAAGGACAAGAAAUAUUGACAACCUGACUGGGCAAUAUGUUUUUCUUCUUGGAGCUUAUCGAAGCUUAUACAUUCUGAACUGGAUUUACCGCUAUUUCACUGAGCCACACUAUGUCCACUGGAUAACUUGGGUAGCAGGGCUUGUUCAGACUGCACUUUACGCUGAUUUCUUCUAUUAUUACUUCCAAAGUUGGAAGAAUAAUGUAAAACUAGAGCUGCCAGCUUGAGGGCCUUUUUGACAAAGAUGUUGGCUGCUCAAAAACUUAGUGAAGCAAACACUAUUUGAUGUCGAGACAUUUCAAUUUUGUGCUGUCUCCUCUCGUAGGGGCUAGUAGACCUGUCAAGAAGCAAUAGUUCUAAAAGUUCUUUUCCCCAUCUCUCUGGCUUGUCAAGUGAUUGAUACAUCAAUGUAUGCAAGAUAAAACCUUUAUUUGUCACUUGCAUGAUACUUGAGGAAUACUAGCACAUUCUUUCUUUAAUGUUCAGUUUGACAAGCAUUCUGGAUUCAGAAUGGCUCAGUGCCCCCUCUA